AUGUUUGUUUAUUCUUUUUUAAUUUAUUUAUUUAUUUUUGAGUUGAUUAAAUAAUUUAAUAAAAAAUAAUUUUUAAAUGAUUAAAAUUAUUAUAAUUUAAUAGCAUUGCCAAAUAUAUUUAAUAUCAAUAAAAUAAAUAAAAAUUUAAUGCAAAUAAAACAAAUCAUUAAAUUAGUAUCUUUUUCAAAUAAAAUUGUUAAUUAUGAUUUUUAUAAUCUGAUCAAAAUCUAAAUUGAUCAAUCAAUCAAGCUAUCUAUCUAUCUUUCUGUCAAUAAAAACUAGAAAAAUAAGUUUUGUUAGAAAUUAGAAAAAAGAAAUUUUUUUAUUAAUUAUUAAUUAGGUAUUAAGACAUAAUUAUAUCUGAACUCAAUUAUCUUUAUUAAAAUAAAGUACUUGAUAUAACAAAUGGGCAAUUAAUUACAAACUAAAAAGUAAAAAGAUGCAGGAUUCUUCUUUAUUGAGAGUUAGAAUUAAUCCUAUUAUCUGCAUAUCAGUAAAAUCUUGUUUAAAUAGGAUUAUAAAUUAGAAUUGAAUUGCUUAUCCUAAUUGUAGCUCUAAUAUAAUAAUAAAAGCUUGGAAAUAAUUAAAUUAGAAUCUACUGAACAAUUUUAUGUGAUUCAAUUACCUCAAGAGGAGGAUGACCUUUCUUUAUGUGUCUAAGGGUUAUAGUAAAUUCUAUAAAAUCAAAAGUAGUAUUUAUUAUAAUCAGAUAUUAGGAUUUUACCACUAUUUAAGCAGAAAUAUAUUAUUCUAGAGAAAUUAGAUUCUACUAUUGAAGAAUAUUUUAUUUCUAAACAUUUUGCUUAGACAUAAAUAUAAGGCUAGAUAUCUAACAAAAAUUUAGUAGAAUUCUUAUUAGACCAAACAAUAGCAGAAAGGUAUACCCUUUACGUGAACCCUGAAAACGUUAGAGAUCUAGCAGAAAAUAUUCAAUAGGAUCAAACUCAAAUCAAAAGAAUACACUUUAAAAAUGUUCGUAGUCACAAGUAUGUGAAAAAAAUUAGUGAGAAAUUGAAUGAUAUUUAUUUAGAAAAUCCAGCUCUUAAAUCUCAUAUAGGAAGCAUAAUUUUUGAUAAUUCAGAUACUUUUGAUCCUAAAAACAAUAAUUAUAUCACGCAAUUUAAUUAAACUUUAUAAAACUUUUAACACACUUAAGAAUUCAUUUUAAGAAAUAUGGAUUAUGGAUCGAGGAAUAAAUUUUUGAAAAAUCACUUCCUUCCAUCAUUAAAGAUUUUAAAGGAUAUAAAAACACUUGAUUUAAGUGGAAAUAAUAUUGAUGAGUUUUUCCUUUAGUAACCCUAAUAUUCAGCAAAUUAAGAGGAUUAAAUUAAUUAAGAAGAAUAUUUCUAAACUGAAGAUGAAGAAAAAGAAAAAAAUGAAAUUGGGGAUAUUCAUUCAUAAGAAGGAUAGGAAGCUUAGUAAAAUAUCUUUAUUUUUGAAAAUUUAAAGAAUUUAUGUUUGAAUUCGAAUAACUUUUUAACUUCUUAAAGCAUUGAGACUGUAUUUUACUCUAAAGCAUUAUCUAAUUUAGAAUAUCUUUAUUUAAUUAAUAAUAAAAUUGGCCAAAUAUAAAUUAACGACCAUAGAUUUGCACUUAAAAAACUCACUUAUUUGAACUUAACAGCUAACAAAAUCAACAACUCAUCUGCACUUGCAAUUUUCACAUCUAAGAGUUUGUGCUGCAUAAAAAAACUCAUACUUAGAUCAAAUGAUAUUUAAAAAAUAGUUGAAAAUCCUGAAUAGUGCUGUUUGAAUAACCUUGAAUAUUUAGAUUUAACAAAAAAUAAAAUCGAAUCUGAUUAAGUUUACUUAAUAUUUUCUACACCUGCUUUUUCUAAUUUAAAAGAGCUAAUUUUGUGCAUGAAUAGUAAAAUAACAGAAUUCCCUAACGUAACAAGAGACAAUUUUACUUUGUAAUCGCUUUAACAUCUAAAACUCUCUAAAAAUUAAAUAUCAACAAAAGGCUAUUUGCAAUUUUUAGAAUACCUACCAGCUUCUUUAGAGAGCUUAAAUCUUAACUCUAACAAAAUAUCUUUGAAAACAGAGGACUCUCUAUAAAUAGAUAAAAUUUUUGCUGAAAGGAGCAAUUAAUAGCUAAAUUUAAAGAUUCUUUAAAUGAAUAAUAAUUUGAUUAUAGAUAUAUCUCAUAUUUUAACAUAUUUUAAAAAUUUAAUUGUGCUUGAUUUAUCUCACAAUCUCAUUAGCAAAUUAAGUUCUUUUAAACUAGAUUUUAUCUUCAAAAUUGAUCUCAGUUACAAUUAGCUUAUCUCUACUGAAGAGUUGUUUUAGCAAUUACAUACUUCUGUAUUUUUAAACUACCUGAACCUCUCAAACAAUUAAAUUAUUUCUGUUUUAAAACAUACCUAUGGUCCUAUUAGCAUCAAGCGUUUAGAUUUAUCCUUUAACCAAAUUUCAGAUAUGUCUUCUUAAAUUCUAUUCUCUUGCUCAAAUUUGGCAAAUCUAGUCUAACUAAAUAUGUCAUUUAACUAUAUAUCUUUCCCUAUAAUUCUAAAUAACCUGAAUAAGCUGGAGUGUUUGUAUCUAGCAUCAAAUUAAAUUAACUAAUAAGGUUUAGAUAGUUUGCUAAAUUAAAAAUUCGAUUCCCUAAAAGAGCUGGAUUUAUAUUCGAAUAAGAUUCAAGGUAUUAAAUUUAAUUAAAACCUGGAAUUAAAUAUUUCUUAGCUGAAAAAAGUCAUCUUAUCCAAGAACUUACUUGAUUCUUUUGAUAUUUUCAAAAGCUUGUUUAUAUUUAGAUAUGUUGAAAAUCUUAGCUUAGAUGGUAACUUGCUUGCUCUUCCUGAUGAAACUUAAGAGAAAUUGCCAGAGUUUAUUGAAUAAAAUAAAAAUCUUACAAUAAGCAUUUAAAAUUUUUCUUACAAAGAUGGAUUAAUUGACUCAACAAUAGCUGAGAGUAUUUUGAGAUUGUUAAAUAAAACUAAAAGUAUAAAUUUAAGUAAAAAUUAGAUUUAAAUCAUUCAAAAAUUAGAUAAUAAAAUGCUAGAGAAAUUAGAAUUAAGUGAAAACUGCCUCAAAUCUGAUUCAUCUCAUAAUAUCUUUGCUUCAAAUAUUCCUAAUUUAAAAUUCCUUAAUAUUUCAAAAAAUUAAAUUAAUAGCUUAUUUGAUCCUGAAAAUAUCAUAGACUUCAAUCUCUAGAAAUUAGAAGAAUUGGAUUGCUCUACAAACAGCAUUUGUGCUAAAAGCUGCUAAACAAUAUUAAUGAGUUCUUAGUUUGAAAACUUAUAAAAAUUAAAUUUUAGAAAUAAUAAAGUUUUUCUACCAGUGCCUUAGAUGUAAACAGAAAUAAAGUGUCCAAAAUUAUUUUAAAUAAUUCUUUAAAACAAUGGUAUAGAGACUCAUGCUGCAGAUUUUCUAUUUUCUUCAAUUUCUUCUUCUCUUAAAUUUUUAGAUUUGUCAUAUAACAAGUUGAAUGAACAUAUACAACUUAAAGAAAUUGGUUUAUCGAACUUAGAAAGCUUAGACCUAAGCGGAAACAAUCUUGGAGAUUAAGGAUGUGCUAAAUUUUUAUAGUGUAUAGAAUUAAGAUAGCUUUUCAAUUUAAAUUUAAGUAUGAACAAAAUGAGAGUUGUCCCAAACUAAUUCCUUUUGCCUUCACUUUGGUAUUUAAACAUAAGUGGGAAUUCUUCAAUAGGGAUUUAUACAAAAAUAGAAGAGUAUUAGAGUUAAAAUUAUUUCGUCAAAGUCAUUUUAUGA